CCAGCAGUUCAGUCAGACUCGUGUUAGUGUGAGCAGGAACAGAAACCUUGAGCAGAAAAUGGCAGAAGUCCCUCCAGCCGCUGCACCGGCCAAAGCCGCCAAGAAGAAGGUUUCCAAGCCGAAGGCAGCUGGCCCCAAAGUCAGCGAUCUCAUCGUUAAAGCUGUGGCCGCAUCCAAGGAGCGAAGCGGCGUGUCUCUGUCCGCCGUCAAGAAGGCUCUGGCUGCCGGAGGCUACGAUGUGGAGAAGAACAAUUCCCGCGUUAAGACCACCAUCAAGAGCCUGGUCGUUAAUGGGACACUGGUCCAGAUCAAGGGCAUCGGAGCGUCCGGAUCAUUCAAGAUGAGCAAAAAGGUUGCCGAGCCUAAGACCAAGAAGCCCGCAGCCAAGAAAGUCGCUCCUAAAGCCAAGAAGCCCGCAGCCAAGAAACCUGCAGCGGCCAAAAAGCCCGCGGCAGGAAAUAAGUCUCCCAAGAAGGUGAAGAAACCCGCAGCAGCCAUGAAAGCAGCUCCCAAGAGCCCCAAGAAGGCCACCAAGAGCCCGAAGAAGGUCGCUAAAAGCCCCAAGAAGGUCGUUAAAAAGGCUGCAAAGAGCCCCAAGAAGGUGGUGAAAAAGGCCCCUGCAGUCAAGAAAUCCCCCGCAAAGGUCGCCAAACCCAAAGCGAAGAAGGCAGCACCCAAGAAGAAGUGAGCUGUCAUCAGACUGAUCUGACUAAGAUCCACAAAAGGCUCUUUUAAGAGCCACCCAUUUUGUCAUAAUGAGCAUAUUUCUUGUGUCAAUAACUGCAGUCAGAAUAAGAUGAGAGACGAGAUGCAAAACGUGUCUUAUUAUGAACACGUUUGCUAGUAUGAACAUGUUUGAUCUCAGACAUCGAGACAGUAUGUGCAAUUUGAUAAUAAUGAAUAAUCUUAAUAUUCAAAUAAUGUCGUGGUUGUUGUGGAAAUAAUUAUCAUAAGACGCCAAUUAGUAACAUACAGGACAAACCUUGAUGUCUGUUUACCUUCUUUAAGGACACAGGCGGCUUAGCCAAUAAUGUUAUUGUUCCC